AAUCUGUAGUGUUAGAAUUACUUCCCUUUUCCCUGUGUACUCUUCCUUGCCCCUUGUGCCACCUUCUCUCCCCCUCCACCCACACCUGCAAUCACUUAGCUCAUCAGCCCAGGCAUUUUGUUCAGCAUUCAACCUCCCCAUUAUUUAAGCCUUUGUUUCUGAUUCAUUAGUAUCCUCUCUUCUUGUCAUCUUUCCUGUCUGCUCGCCAUUGUCAGCGCCCCCUGGAGUUCAUGGUCUUGUUCCUUUUUUGCCUUCCUCUGCAAGUUUCUUCAUCUUUUCAUUAAAAUCACAAAAAAUCAACUCUAUGUUACAUGCCUGCUUCUUAAUGGGUCCACUCUACAAACACUGAACAUGACAGAACAAUCCAGCCAGUAGGACCCAGCAGAAUUCCUGUAUUUAAGAGAAUCUUAACAAUUACAACUUACUUAGAAAAUAAUUAAUUGACACCAUGGCAAAAUCAUGUUCACUACCCCAAAGAUUUGCUUUGUGGCGACAAAGUAAAUGUGGUGCAGGACUGGAUUCCAAAUCUCCCUUCCAUAGGCUUAACGGAGUUGUUCAAGGAGGCAGAGUGGCACCAUCAGGCAGCUCUGACAGUAAUGGCUGGCAAUCCACCUCCAGCUUAGUAAUAAGCGCAUACAACUCCAGUAUUAAGCGCCUCUACAUCGGUCCCAGCCUUCUGCCCUUUGCCCUUCUCCACAAUUCCUGUUACUCCUUCCCGGUCUCCACUCUCCAGAUCUCUAGCCGCGGCUUCAUCUUCAGCAGCUGCAGUCACGUCUCCUGCACCAGUCUCGUCUCCAGCCACAUUCCCAGCCAGCAACAUCAGUACCCAUUCUUACAUCAGCAGCAGCACCUCAGGCUCCAGGUUUCCACAGCUGUGGAACUAGGUUGUACGGCUAGCUCCUGGGCUCCAGACUACCCAGUCUCCCAAGCUCCACAGUGUUUGUCAGUCUCCUGAGUACCACAGUUCUCUCCAGCCCCUUGCCUCCGAGGGAUGCAAGGACGACCCGCCUCUGUUCCCAGUGCCACUUCGUGAUUCCCCAGCUCCCGAGCCUCUACAUCGGUCUAAGACAUACACCAGUCUUAAGGGAAGGAUUUUCAGGCCCUUCAUCUGCUGCCAGCUCUUCAAGUUUCACUGAUGCUGGUCAGCAAGCGACAAGCGUCCUGGACUCGUCAUAGCCAACAACUCUGGCUUUGAGCUCUUCGUAGAGAUGGAAUGGUUCUAAAGUAUUAAGAACUCUUCUAAAUCCCAGAUUUUCCAUAACAGAAAAUGCCCUCAUAAAACCUGCAAUAAAAAUGCCAAUGUAUGUUGUUAUUGCUGCAGCAGCCACAUGAGAGUGGAAGCUGAGAUGCAAAAACAUUUUUCAGCAUGUCUGCAGUGUUGGCAAUUUCUUCACUUGUGAUGGUCCUGAAGGUCUCUUUGCAUUGUGCUAGUGUUAGUCACGGUGCACAGUAAUAUAUUCUUGAAGUGUUUACAUAUUGUUCAUGUCUUGUCUGUCACUCUGUUGCCGUUUCUCAUUUCUACUGGAAACACAAAAUGCUCCCAAACAAACAAUUUAAAAGUAUUGGGGGCAACUUCUAUUGCAACUUUAUCGGGUGAAGCCACGCUGACUGGGACUGGCUUUACAACUGAUCAUUGUUUAAAUUCCACAGCCUACCUGCGUAUUGUUACUGAACAUGUUCACCUCUUCAUGACUAUGACCAGUGUCCACAUCUUCUAAUGGUUGCUUCCAGCAGGAUGUUAUGAAGACCAGCUUAUCUCAAAAUGACAAUGAAUUCAUCUACUUCAAAGGCGUCCACAGUCACCAAAUCUCAACCCAAUAUAAGCAGUUUUAAAAGUAAACUGCUUAUAUCCAAAGAGGGUUUUAGCAAACUGUACCUAAUAAAGACUCUUGUGAGUGAAAGUAAGACUCCUCUCAGAUGUUUCUCUAGUUUAGUUGCCUUUGGCGAUCGUUGCAGAUGCUCUGGCAGACACAUUUUACUCUGUGGGUUUUGCGAUGAGCCUGUGCCAGCUGCUCUCCAUCCUGGAGAUCUUCCACAUCGCAGACGGCAUCGAGAAGGCUCGGCUCCUUCCUCGCUUCAUCCAAGUGAUUGAGAAAAACAUUCUGCUGAUUAUGGUCAUCAUGUUGGAAGAGAUCCAAAGUAAGCCAGUGGUGUGUGUGCAGUUUUUCCUGUGGAAUAUACUGGACCUCUUACGGUACCCUCAUGAACUUCUGUGUGUUAUGGAAAGACCUUCCGUCGCCAUGUUGUGGAGCCGUUACUCUCUUUGGAUCCCCUUAUACAUCCUGUCAGUUAUCAUUGAAGGUGUCAUUAUUUAUGAGGCGCUGCCGUACCUGGAGCCGUCAGUCCCCCACCUGCCCUCCCUGCUGCUGCUCUACCUUCUGCUUCUCGCUGUGGGAGGCUCAGUAACAGUCUGGCAGCUGCUGAAGGAGAGGAAACACCAUCUAGAGAAACGCUACAAGAGUAAGAAGAAGAAAUGACUCGGAGUUGGAUUAUUCAGGGA